GACCGAGAUUGACACCGUCGUUGCCCAAUCGUCGUCUGUUCCCCGCCCCUUCAGUGUACGGGGGAGGCAGAACCAGCCAAUCCCUGCCGGGAUAAUCCGCAGACCGCGCUAGAGGCCGAGUUCUGCGUGGCUGUGGACCCGGCUAGGGUCGGGACUCUGCAGGUGGCGGGAUGUCCUGCUCCGGCCUUCUCCGUGGCCUCAGCACGUCCCUAAAUCAUGGCCUAGCCCUGGCUCCGCGGCCUUGGGCCACGCGUCCCAUGGCCACCCUGAACCAGAUGCACCGCCGGGGGCCUCCGAAGCAUCCGCCUACGAAAGUGGGCCCCAUGGAGGGCCGGCCACAGCUGAAGGGCGUGGUCCUGCGCACGUUCAUCCGCAAGCCCAAGAAGCCCAACUCGGCCAACCGCAAAUGCUGCCGCGUGCGGCUCAGCACCGGUCGGGAGGCCGUCUGCUUCAUCCCCGGAGAGGGCCACAGCCUGCAGGAGCACCACGUCGUGCUCGUGCAGGGCGGCCGCACGCAGGACCUGCCCGGCGUCAAGCUCACCAUCGUGCGGGGCAAGUACGACUGUGGCCACGUGCAGAAGAAGAAGUGACUCCCUCCCCACCUCCCCCGGGACACGGCGGGUGGGUGUUCACUGCAGAACAAGAACCUUCUCCUCGGGGCCCCUGCAGUCUCCUUCGGAACCUAGUGCAACUCUAGAAGUAGCUGGUCGUGGUUCAAAGCCUGGCCGCCUUUUCCAUCAGGACCACCCUUAACCCAUAGUGGUCCUGGGUGUGAAUCAGAAAAAAGGCGCCCCUCUCCCAACAUCCUUGGUUUCCAUGUUGGCGCCAGGGACCUCUUCUGAUGGGGCAAGACACUGUAGUGCCGUCUACUGGGAUGGGGUUGCAAUAAACACAGAGACAUGCCCCCCCCCCCACCCCCUUGUGGUAUUUGCAUGGUAUUUGCCCUCUGUGUGGUUUUGGGCACCCACAACACCUCUGGCCUCAGGUUCCUCCUGCAGAAAAAAAUAGCUCCACCUGCAAGAUCGCUUUUGUUGGGUUUGGUGAAGAUUAAACUGGGUGCUUUAUGUGUAUAACACAUGCGAUGGCCACUCUGUUUUAAGCUUUGGAGUUAGGGGGCAGCAAUGAGGCCCAGUUUCCCUUCGUGCAGGCUGAGGGCCUGGGCACGAGAGCCCUGCUGUCAAGCUUCCUCAUCUGAAAAGUGGCCGUAAUUGUAAUGCUGGCCACGAAGAGGUGUUGCAAGGAUUAAUGGUGUGUGCUGCUCUUCUGUUAUUCUCAGACUCACACACACCUGGGUUCAAAUCCUGCCUCCACCUCUUCCUUGUUCUGUGACUCUGGGUAUAUUUGCUUCCCCCUCUGGCUUCAGUUUCCUCCCUUGGAAAAUGGCACCGAGAGUGAUGCUGACCUCACCCGAUCAUGUGCUUGGCCAUGUUAGGUUUUAAAAUUUGGGAGCUGAGCUUCUAUCGUCAGGCUUUGGAGCCCAAUGUCUGGUGUAAGUCCGGCUUCCCCUGUUUCCUGGCCAGAAAACGCUGGGCAGGCCUUCUAAACUCUGAGCCCGUUUCUCUCUGGACUAAAUGGCAGUGAUGACUGCCUCCGUGAGAGCUGCUGGGAGAACAGCUGAGAUCAGGCACAGGAGCUGUUGGGUGAGCCCUUGUAGCCCGUCUCUGGGUCCUUGAAGCCCACCUCUGUUUCUUGCACGGCACUUAGCACACCUGAAGUUCUCACGAUUGGAAACACCCCAUAAGGCCUUUUAGGAUCGGAGCUGGGGGCAAACAAGUGCAUCGAUUACAGACAAAAAUCCCCCAUCACCUCGUGCUUAGCACCCUU